AAUUACUAAAGUCCGACAAAAAUCACAAGAGCCGUUUGCAUUUUGAAUUUUCUCCCAAAGAUCUCCAUCCCAUGGCGGACGAGAAGGUAAUCAUCGAUCUCUGUAGCUCGGACGAGGGGGAGGAAUAUGAAGAUCUCGUUGAUGACAAUAAUUGCGAGGAAACGGAUGAAGAAGAAGAAGAAGAAGAAGAAACGAGUUCAAGUGAGGAUGAUAGCGAUUGGAGCCCCGAUGAUGGUACGGAGUCAGAUGUGAAGUACGAUGAAGAUGACGAGACCGUGGAAAAAGGCGAUGAUGAUGAUGAUGACAAAGUCACUCGCCUGCUCACAGGCGGAAGUGAUUUGAAAGCUCUAAAUGUAAAAGAAUGCAAAGCAUAUCUGAGAAAGCAUGGUCUAAGACUAUCUGGCACCAAAGCAGUUUUUAUUGAGAGAAUUCUUGAGCAUUGGAGGGUAAAAGAUGGGAGCGGGGAAGCACUUUAUCCAAGAUCAUCUUUUGCUAUCAAUUGUAAAGGUGAUGUCUGCAAAGGAGACACUGUUUUGUUUACACAGAAGGUUCAUCACAAGUAUGAAAAGAUGAAAGGGAGUGGAAAAGUUAUGGGGAGAAGAACUGUCGCUGGCCAGGUUGUUAAAGAAAGCUAUGGUACUGCUAAACAGCAACACACUUUCACCAUUGAAGUGCUUUGGUGUGAGGGGAUACAGAAAUUGCCUCCCUUGUACCCUUUACUAGUGAAGGGGAGAAAUCUUUAUAGGUUAAUGACCUUGAGGCAGCGAUGGGCUAAUGAAGACGACAGAGUCAAAGUUCUCUCUGAAAAGCAUAGCCGUGGUGCCGCAGCAAGAAAAAUUAUGAGAGAAAGGAAAAUAAAGCUGGGAUAUGUACUAAAAGAUGGAAGACUUCAAAAGCCUGGUCAUGUGAAGAAGCCUUGGCAAAUGAAGAACAGAAAAAACGAGAAUGAUGAGAAUCAACCCCAGAGGUUUAGACCAGACAUCCCGGCUAAUUACUCACAUGUUGCUUUCCCAAACCAAAUUCCUUCACAGGGCCAUAAGAAUCCAACCCAGUCGAGAAAUAUGAAUCCUCCUCUUCGUCCCAACAAUUCCCAUACAUAUGCUCCUCGUCCAUACGCUCCUUUCGGUGUUCCUCAUUCACAUCUGCCUCGUCCAUACGCUCCUUUCAGUGUUCCCCAUUCACAUCUUCCUCGUCCAUACGCUCCUUUCGAUGUUCCCCAUUCACGUUUUCCUCGUCCAAGCAAUCCUCCUCCACACCCAUAUGCUUAUUCAACGCAACAAAACCAAGCAAUACAAAGACCACCGCCAGCUUUCUACAACGGAAGACCAGCUUCUAAUGCUGUGCAGGGACAAGCAUCUUUCAACCCACAUGCCAAUAGACACGUUACGCAUCAGUGGAGACCAUACCAGAACCACCAUGCAAGCUCGAACAGUGGCUACAACUACGGAGUGAGGGACUUGGAUCACUUCUCAGAUAUGAUGAUAAGCAACGGAAGAGAUGGAGAGAUUUACAGGCAGAGUGAGGACACUCGCAGAACACACAUGAACCAUCAUACCUCCUACAACUCCAGCUCCAAUAGUGAUUCCAAUAGCCGUGGAGCAAGUGCCUUGCACAUGAUAAGCCACACAUACGCAGACGCAGAGUAGGGACACUUGCAGGCCAAAUCAUCGGUAACAGUUCUACCUGAGGCUGUGUCAGAGGCAGAGUUUUUAUUCAAGUUUGUUUGUAGUUGCGUAGGGUUUCUUGCUUCUUGAUUGAUUUUCAUUUUGAAGUUAAGCACCUGAAGUAUUAUUGUUAAACCUUCCUUUUUUUUUAUAUGCAUCAAGCUACAUAUUUUUGUAUCUAUUUGGAAAUUAAAAAAGAAGAUAGUAAAGUAAAAAUAAAUAAACAGAAUGAAUUGAUUUUCCCAUUGA